AUGACGUCUGAACGGUUAAAAGCGCCAUCUGAAUCAUUGUCCAAGGUGAUGCCCACAGAUAAUGCAACAAAUGCCAAUGCAUGGCAUCAGUUACCGUUGCCAAAAACCAUAACAACAGCUCAAACAACAUCCCUACAAGCAAACAAUGCAAAUGAUUGGCCUAGUCUUUCACAAGCUACUACAGCGUGUGAAAAACUGCCAAAAGAAAAAAAGACACCUGUGAUUCCACAUUCAGGAAAAAAAGCAGAUGAAACGACAACAAUAAAUGAAAAUGAAAUGUUGGCAGAGAGAAAAACGAUGCCAGAAUCUCCUAUCGAUACCGGAACAGAGAUAACAGUUGCAAAAACUGAAAACUUAGAUAAUAAUGUUUUGACAAAUGAAACCACAAAAAUAUCGGAGACCAAUAACACAAAUAUUUCUGACAAUAAUCAAAAUCAAGAAAAUACUGUUUCUGCCAAAGCAAACGAUGCUUCUGUUCUUCCUGAUACAGCAAAUACAGCUUCCACUGGUCCAAAAACGCCAAAAAAGAAAGCAAAACAAAAGUGGAUACCACUUGUUAUCGAUCAACAAGCUGCAGUAUCCUCAACAGCGACUGCAAACGCAUCAGUAAGAGGUGCUCGUGGUGCUGGUCGUGGAGGACGUACGCGAACACGAAGUUUAGAUGUUUCCAAUACUGAAACAGAUGGAACAGUGACAAGUAGUACUAUAACAACACCAGCAAUUCCUUCCACGACAUCUGUGACAAAACGUGAAAGUCGUAACAAUUUUCAUAAAUUUAUUUUCGAUGAUGAAGUUACUGUUGUUGAUGAUUGUUCAUUUGUUCUGCCAUACAUAGCAGACAAUACUGGAAAUAAUAACGGUAUUUAUUAUUAUCCACAAGAUGAACAGCUACUUGAAACAGCCACAUAUACUCAUAGUCAAUUACGAGAUUUUGUUCGACGUCAAGUAGAAUAUUAUUUUAGUGAUGAAAAUUUAGAAGUCGAUAUUUAUCUAAGACGAAAAAUGUCUAAAGAUGGUUAUGUACCAUUAUCAUUGAUAGCCGGUUUUAAUCGUGUUAAAUCAUUAUGUGAAGAUUUCAACUUGAUUGUUGAGGCAGUAACAAACAGUGAUAUUAUCGAAAUGACAGAUAAAUGUAUGGUACGUUGUCGUAAAAAUCCUACAAAAUGGCCACUUGUAUUUGAUGGUAUUGAUCCAAAUGUACUUUCAUUAAAUCCAGAAGUACCAGAAUUUCAACCGGGAAAAUUAUGGAAAACAGGCAAUGAAAAUCAAAAUGACUUUGGUGUUCAAUAUAAUGUAAUAGGUUCAAUGAAACCGGAAAAUCAAAAGAAAAUACCAGCUGAAACAACAUGGCAAGUUGUUCCUGCAAAGAAGAAAAAAGCUGUUAAGAAAAAGGAGAAAAAAGAUCAACAACAAACUGAUGAUGAUAUAACAAAUGAUACGAGAGAAGAACUGGAGUUUAAAUUCGAUGAAGAACUACCAUCGAGUUCUAAUAAAUCAAUCUUAACCCCAAGCAAUAUACCAAAACGUCGUAGAGCAAAUUCAUUGAAUCUUCAUUUUCCCGAUACAUUAGGCGACGAAUCAGAAUUUGACUUAGCUGAUGAUGAUAUUGAUAAAAUACUGAUUAUAACUCCUACACCACCAUCGACACGUAAACAACAACAGAUUAAUCGCAGUGCUGACUAUCAUAACACAAGAGCUAAGAUGACAUCUGAAAUGGCAAAAAUAAUUGAUGAUGGUUUGAGAUGGUAUGAAGAAGAAUUAUGGCAAAGACCCGCAAGUUCAAUGGUUGAAGAUAAACCCAGUGACAAAACAGUGAAAUUAAUAACACAAGAAGAAAUGGAUUUAAUGAGAAAUAAGAAUAGUGAACCACAACCAAUAUUAGUGGAAAACGAAGAUAACGUUGAUAUGGACGACGUAAAAGCAGCGCAAACUAACAGAGAAAAAGCUUCAGUUGAAAAUAAAUCACAACGAUCAGCAACAAUACCUAUCAGUAUACCUCCUCAACAAGAACCAUUUUUUCGACCAAAAUAUAUACCACCACUUAGUGCUCAACACGAUCUGGUAUCACAUUCAUUACCAAACGAUUUGAAAAAUCCUCAAUCAUCUACUAUAACUUCUACAACAACGACAAUACACGAAAAUAAUGAUCAACAACAGCAGUCAUCUAGCAAUACUCAACAAGAACCACGCACUCCACAUUCACGCGCUCGGCAUCAGGCAAGAUUUUAUCCAGUGACAAAAGAACCAACAGUUAUUGAAUCAAAUACUCCUCAUCUCAAAAGAAAAACACGCCACAGUGAGAAUCCACCAGUGGAAAGUUCUGUUGGUUGGGUAUUUGAUUCUCGUGGACAUUUAUCGUCAAAACCUCGAAGUAAUACUGUAACAGGACAACAAACAUCAAAUUCGGCAACAAAUCGUCAAGACUACAACUAUGAUCAAUAUCAGAAUUCUGAUUAUGGAGAAUAUUAUGAUUAUGAUAGUAGAUAUAAUUACAAUUAUGAGUAUUACAACGAUUAUAAUUAUUCACAAUCAUACGGAACAACUCCCGUCGAGAUACCACAUUUUCAACAUCCAUCAUAUUCGUUAUUAGAACAAAACGGUUUCACACAACAAGUGUAUGCUAAGUAUAAACACCGCUGUCUUGAAGAACGAAAACAACUUGGACAUGGUCAAUCAAUGGAAAUGAAUACACUCUAUCGUUUUUGGUCCUUUUUCUUGCGAGAAAAUUUUAAUCAUCGAAUGUAUACCGAGUUUAAACAAUAUGCAGUUGAAGAUGCAAAAAGUGGAAAUAGAUAUGGUUUAGAAUGUUUAUUUCGAUUUUUCACUUAUGGCUUAGAACAUCAUUUUCGACAUGAAGUAUUUAAAGAUUUUGAAGAUGAAACAUUGAGAGAUCAUGAAGCCGGUCAAUUAUAUGGAUUAGAAAAGUUUUGGGCUUUUUUGAAAUAUUCGAAACGUAAUCCUGUCAUAAAUCCAAAAUUACAAGAUAUUCUAAAAAAUUACAAACGAUUAGAAGAUUUUCGUAUUGAUGGCGCAAGUUUUCCACAGCAGUGGUAUCCCGGUAAAACGGGUAUUAAAACUGCACCUGCACCAGAAGCAGCAGCAGCAGCAGCAGCUUUAAAAGACAACGACAAAAAUACAACAAUAAUGACAAGUGGUGGAAAUAAUCCUUCAUCGACUGCAACUAAUGUGAACGAUGGUGCUCCAAUAAGUCUCGAUGGUGGCCAUCGUGCAGUUAUCUUUGAUCGAUUUCAAGGAGUAAAACCCGAUGUUAUUGGAGAAGGCACACACUUUAUGAUUCCAUGGUUACAUAAACCGAUUAUAUUUGAUAUUCGUACAAGACCAAGAUCAGUUCCAUCUAUAACAGGAACAAAAGAUUUACAAACAGUCAAUAUAACAUUGCGUAUACUAUAUCGGCCAAGAGCUGAAUUUUUACCAAAAAUAUUCACUAAUCUCGGUUUGGAUUACGAAGAACGUGUAUUACCCUCAAUUACAAAUGAAGUUUUGAAAUCUGUUGUUGCUCAGUUUGAUGCUAUUGAAUUAAUAACUCAACGUACAUUGAUAUCGCAACGCGUCAGUGAACUAUUAACAGAACGUGCAUCUCAAUUUGGAUUAUUAUUAGAUGAUAUUUCAAUUACACAUUUGACAUUUGGUCCGGAAUUUACCACUGCCGUUGAAGCUAAACAAGUUGCUCAACAAGAUGCAGAAAAACAACGUUUUCUUGUUGAAAAGGCCGAACAAACUCGUCAGGCAAAUGUUAUUGCAGCUGAGGGAGAUGCUAGAGCAGCAGAUUUGAUCGGUCGUGCGUUGGGUGAAGCUGGAGAUGGUAUAAUUGAACUUCGUCGAAUAGAAGCUGCCGAAGAUAUUGCAACACAACUAGCAAAGUCAAGAAAUAUUGUGUAUUUACCACAUGGUCCACAAAUGCUCUUAAAUAUUUCUGCUGAUCAAAUUGGUUCUCGUUUUUGGGAUCUGGCACUACGUGAACAUUCAUCAACAAUGAAAAAAGAAUGUUUAUACGACGCUUCAUUAAAUGCAUUUUUUCGUAAUGUGGAUAAAUCGAAUUUACAAGAUUUAAGUUAUCCAUCGACAAUAUGUAAUUUAAAAGCACGUGCGUUACUUAUUGAUAUGGAAGAAGGUGUGGUAAAAUCAAUAUUACAAAGUCAAUUAAAAGAUCUAUUUGAUGGACAACAAUUUAUCAAAGAUGUUAGUGGAGCAGGAAAUAAUUGGGCAGUUGGUAAUCGAAUGUAUGGUGAAAAAUAUCGCACAUCACUUGAAAAUGAAAUACGACGACAAACAGAAAUGGCAGAUUCAUUGCAAAGUUUUAUGAUUAUACAUUCAAUGGGAGGUGGAACAGGCAGUGGUUUGGGUACAUACAUUCUUGAAUUAUUAGAAGAACAUUAUCCCAAAGUCUGUCGUAUUGUCACACCGGUUUAUCCGAGUGAAGAUGAUGAUGUUAUUACAUCACCUUACAAUUCAGUAUUAGCAACACAAAAAUUAAUUGAAUAUGCCGAUUGUGUAUUGCCUAUUGAUAACGAUUCAUUAAUAACAAUUAUUAAUCGAAUAUAUUCAUCAUCAUCAACAACAAAUAAAGACCAACAACAAACGCUCAUUAAUGAUGGAGCUACAGGAAAGAAAACAAAACAGAAACCGUUUGAUGAAAUGAAUAAUAUUGUUGCCAAUUUAUUGUUAAAUUUGACGAGUUCAUCACGUUUUGAUGGAGCGUUAAACGUUGAUUUAAGCGAAAUACCAAUGAAUUUAGUACCCUAUCCGAAAUUACAUUUUUUAUUAACAUCACAAGUACCGUUAUAUGUUUCAAAUAAAAAAUAUUUACAAAUAAGAAAUAUUAAUCAAAUGUUUAAAGAUUCAUUGAUGCCCUAUACUCAAUCAUUGAAUGCUUAUCCACAAAAAGGUGUUUAUGUUGCGUGUGGAAUGAUUAUACGUGGAGAUACAAUAAAUAUGUCGGAUAUUAGAAGAAAUAUUGAUUUAUUAAGAAAAAAUUCAAUGAAAUUUGUCAAAUGGAAUGAAGAUGGAUGGAAAAUUGGUCUCUGUAAAAUACCUCCAAUCGGUUUACCUUAUUCAUUAUUGACACUAAGUAAUAAUACGUGUAUUAAAGAUACAUUUAUUGAUUUAAAAAAUCGUUUUCUAACAUUAUAUAAACGAAAAGCUCAUGUACAUCAUUAUACAAAAGAUAAAUAUAUUGAUUUAGAUGAUUUUCAACAUAGUCUAGAUGCUUUAAAUAAUUUAAUAGAACAAUAUGAUGAAAUUAAUCGUACAAGUGGAUUUGAAACAGAGAGCGAUUCAUUCUCAGGAGCUAUACCAAGAUUGAAAAUUUUAUCUUAG